AUGGCAAACCCUCUGGCAGGUCUGACCCCAACAGAGCUGGCUCAAACGCCAGCUCUGAUGCCUCCGGCGGGGGUUGUGUCCAAUUUCAUCAACCCCUCAGGUACUCUGGAGGGCGUCGCGAAUGCGACAAUGGCAAUCUGUUUUACGUUCACAACGAUAUUCGUGCUGGUGCGACUGCUGACGAAGUAUUGCGUUGAUCGAGCUUUUCAGUGGGAAGACUGGUGUUGUUUGGUAGCUUGGAUGGGUAUCCUUGCUUUUGGCAGUGUCAUAUUAGAUGCGCAAUCCCAAGGAGCUGGACGUCACCAAUGGGAUGUGAAUGUGAUCAAUGUUCUUAAAGUCGCUAGGACCUCAAAUGUCGGCUCGAUCAUAUACGGGCCCAUCAUCGCCAUCGCAAAGCUUGCCAUCCUUCUACAAUACAAAAGAAUUUUCGUGGCACACAAGCGCAACUUCGUCUUCUACGGCGUCCACGUACUCAUCUGGACUAACCUGCUCUUUUACUUCAUCGAGACAUUUUUGGAGAUCUUCGCAUGCACGCCACGAGAGAAGAUCUGGAAUCCAUUGACUCCAGGCCACUGCAUCAGUAUUGAGAACAAUUAUAUUGCUAUUGGGGCAUGGAACGUUCUUUCCGAUUUCUUGAUAUUGAUUCUUCCUAUGGUAGCGAUCUCGAAAUUGCAGAUGGCGAACACGAGGAAGAUCGGUGUUGCGGCUGUGUUCGCUACUGGUCUAUUCGCUUGUGUCGCCAGUGUCGUGCGCCUGGCCUACACUGUCGACUUGCUUUACACCUCCGACGAGACAUACUCGAUCAUCAAAGUCGGGCUAUGGAACGUGGGCGAACUCACAACCAUAAUCCUCUGCGCCUGCUUUCCCAUCAUGCCCAAAUUCAUCCAAUGGAUCACCGGCAAAACCAAAGACAAGUCUACCUACCACCCAGCCGCUUACGGCAACAAUUACGGCCUCAAAGGUCACAACAGCAAACGUAACAAUCACUUCUCGGAUCCAAGGGCCUCAAACAAUACAACCCCCUGGCUGGACUCAGAAGACCAUGAGAUUGGCCUCAUGGGCAAGACCAAGGGCAACUACCAUAAUCUGGAUGUGGGACAGAGUUACCUUGCAAAACCUGGGCCUAUCAGCAAGGUGGAGCCGGUUGCGAGGGUCAAAGGUGGGGCGUCGGAGAAUAGUAUCUGGAAGACGAAUACUGUGAGGGUGGAUAGUUCGUUGGAUUCGGAGAGGGGAGGGCAUGAUUUUGUAUGA